CCCAAAAUUUUGAAUGGUUAUAUAAACCCUGAAAAGUGCUUAUUUGUUUCCCAGUUCAACCAUCAUAUCUUGUUCAAUUUCUCUCUAGAAACUAGAUGGAUGUACUAGGCGUUCACCAAAUGAAAAACAAGAAGAAGCAGUUUAAGAAAAGAGAUUGUAAGAAAGAUAUUAAAGUGGUUUAUAUUUCAAGUCCCAUGAAGGUGAAGACAUGUGCCUCACAAUUCCGAGCUUUAGUGCAAGAACUCACCGGGAAAGACUCUAACGCCGCCGUCCGCUUCAUGGACAAUGACGACAACGUUUCCGAUCAUUCUCCUGCCUAUUCCGACUCAACGAGGGAUGAUGGUGUUCUUGAAUUGCCUUUCGCAAAUUCCAAUCACCAAUCUAUGUUUGAAUCAUACGAUGAGGGGAGUUUCUGGGGGAUGUUUACAUCUAAUUUGUUUCAUGAUCCUUCUCAGCUCGACACUUUCAGAAGCUUUGGAUCAACUUAAUUUUUUUUUUUAAUAUCUAUAUGUAUAUAUGUAGUUAAUUCUAAUAUAAUAUAGGCUCUUAGUCUAUAAUUUAUGGAAUACAUAUAUAUAGGCAUGCACUUACUCAUUCCUAUUAAUUUAUUUGAGAGUUUCUUUUAUGAUGAACUUUUCACAUUUAUUUUUAA